GCGGCAGAGUGAAGAAGUUGCAGUGAAAUUACAAAGCCCUUCGUCUGAGCGGAGGAAUUCAGGCGAGAGAAAGUGGGCAUCAGGUGGAACCGAAAAAAAAAAAAAAAUCACAGCUUCAUCAUGGGAAAAUCAGCUUCCAAACAAUUUGCUGAAGAGGUCUUGAAAGCACACAAUGACUACAGGAAGAAACACGGAGUCCCCCCCUUAAAACUCUGCAAGAAGUUAAACAGAGGAGCCCAACAGUAUGCAGAAGAGCUGGCGGCCUCAAGGAUCCUCAAACACAGCUCUGAGUCUGCUAGUGGAAAAUGUGGAGAAAACUUGGCCUGGGCAUCCUACGAUCAACCAGGGAAGGAUGUUGCCGACAGAUGGUACAGUGAAAUAAAGAAUUACAGCUUUCAAAACCCAGGGUUUUCUUCAGGGACAGGUCAUUUCACAGCGAUGGUUUGGAAGAGCACAAAGAAAAUGGGAGUUGGAAAAGCGUCUGCUAGUGACGGUUCUACAUUUGUGGUGGCUAGGUACGAUCCAGCUGGAAAUGUAGUAAAUCCAGGCUACUAUGAAGAAAAUGUCCUUCCUCCAAGAAAAUAACCUUUCUUUAGAGGUAGUCUUAUUGCUUAGUGACAAAUGAACCUAGGUUUGGACUUAACGGUGUUUGAAGUGAAGUACAAUUCAAUGAAAUUUCCUGUUGGAUACUGCUGCUCACUUAUUGCAGAAGAAGCAAUUACACGUUGCUUGAGUCAAUCUGCACAUUAGGUCCCUGUUGCUUCUGAGGAGACUUCAGUUUAUCUGAGGAUGAAGUAUAUGCAGCAUCUCUGAGGGGUGAAAGUUUCUAACUUGUUCUUUUUUGUAAUAGCUUGCAUGAACUCUGUGUCAGCAUGUGAGUAUACACAUGUUGGAUGUCUUCUUCUAAACACGCAAAUUUGUAGCUCUGUGUGCACUGAAGGUACCAGCUUGUAACUAUAUCACAUAUUCCAAGUUUUCCAAUUUUUGCUAUUAAGUGCAACCUCUUUGCUCUGUCUGUACCUUUUGCUACUGUGAGGUCUCAUCCCUCCGGCUUGAACAUAUGCAAAGCGUCCUGUAUGAAAGUUACACAUAUAAAAUGUAGUGGAAUCCAGACAUAUAUGCUUUCAUUAGAAGGAUCUCACAGGACACUAAGACUACACUGUUGAAGUUGUAUCUGUCAAGCAAGCUAUAAGUCAUGCAUGACCAAAAAGCUACUAGAAAUGUUUAAAUCUUAGCUUUACGUUUUAGGUGCUAAUAUUUAAAAACUCAACACUAUCUUACAGUUUACAGAAUGUGCAUUGUCUUACAAUCAAAUUGAUUACUUCCCUUCCAGAAAAGCAAGGUACUGCCAUUUCUCUUUGAUAUUUACACACAAAAUAAGUUUCUCUGGGAAAUCAUCAUGGAUUUCAUUUCACAGUAACUUAUUUUUAUUUCCUAGAGAAUAUCUUCCGCAGACAUCAACAUUCCCAAAUCAUAAUUAGGAGACAUUUGCUCUUAGCUCAUACCAUUCAAAACAGAAAUACACCAUGUGCUAGAAAGAUGCCUUGAAAAAAAAAAUAAUCAGGUUUAAUUUCUUUAAAAGAAAGCAGACAAAAAUUCUGAGGACUUUUUUUUUUUUUCUCUUAUAAAAUGUGGGGUUGCACUUUGGUCAAAUUCAUGUACUGUGCUUCGAUUUGGCAUUUUCUUUUCUAUGUAAAGGUUCCUUUUGACUUCUGCUGAGAUUUGGCUCACAAAGAGUGCCGUUGCAGAAAUACAUACUUCUGUUUACACAGCUGUAAUAAACUGCACUGUUAUGGCUUGAUGAUAUGUCACUGUGAUGCUGUAUGUUACAAUCCUUUUGCUGUAACCAAGAAUUUAAUGCAUAUAACGAACAUCUGAAAAUUAUAUAUUUUUGAAUAUGAAUCACUGAAGUCUGUGCUGUUACCUGAAUCUUUGUUGAAUAAUCUUUAAAUUUUCUUUCCAAGACAUAAACAUAGGACAGUAUUACUUAAGUCAUGAAGUGCAGGUAAUCUAGCCCAGGAAAGACAGGAGACCUUCUAAGAAAUGAUAAAUCGUAACGUAGACAAGAGAUGACCAUCACCUCUUUAUACAAACUUUGAACUCAGCCUUGGAUUCAAUGCUGAACAGCCAUAUGUCUUUCUCUGCUCGGCUCCCGCUUUGUGUUUUAAUUUCUGCUGCUCCCUCUCUCGGUUGACAUGUUCUUGGUAAAGAACAGCCACUUCACUCUCACUCAGACAUGUCUGUUUUGUAACUGCAGUUUGGGGGCCUUCCAGUCUUCAACUUUCAUUUAAGAAAUGUCAAAUAAAUCAAUGGCAUUCACAUA